UGAGGAAAUACGGAAUUAUUAAAACCUUAUCUGAAAAAAAAAUUUCUUUUCUCUCUCUUCUCAGGUGGAGUGAUGUCAUUCCUCCAGUGUACACGAUCUGCUCUGAGUAUCUGGCAAAUACAAAGCAGAGUACGGAUAGAGACCUCUACACUUCUUCUGCAGGCCUGUUCAGGAUGCAGCUUUGUACGAUGGAAGAAUACAGCCGCCAACAGUGGCAGAAGUAUGAAUUACCAAUUUUCUAACACACGAUGGAGACGCUUGGUUGCGGGGGUCCUGGCGGGUACAGGUGCUGUCCUAGUUUAUGGCUUGCAUAGACAACAGGUGCAGCAAACAGAGCCUAAAAGUAUCACAGAACUGAACAGCCUAACUGUGUCAGCAUUGGGCAAUGAGGUGAAACCAACUAACUCCAUCUAUACCAGGCAGGAUGUUGCCAAGCAUAAAACUCUGGCAGAUGGGGUAUGGGUCACUUAUAAAACUGGUGUAUAUGAUAUUACAAAGUUUGUGGACCUACAUCCUGGGGGGGAUAAGAUCAUGCUUGCUGCUGGUGGUGCCAUUGAACCAUUCUGGGCAAUGUAUGCAGUCCACAAUCAAGAACAUGUUUAUUCGAUACUUGAAGAGUACAGAAUUGGAGAACUGAGCCCAGAAGAUCAGAAGCGGACAGUCGGGGAUGUGGACGACCCUUAUGGGAAUGAACCCCUGAGACACCCUGUUUUGAAAGUGAAUAGCUUAAAGCCAUUUAAUGCAGAACCACCGUUAGAACUCCUGUCUGAAAAUUACAUUACCCCAAAUGAAAUUUUCUUCAAACGAAACCAUUUGCCUGUACCAGACGUUGAUCCAAAAAAUUACUGUUUGCAGAUUAUGGGAGAGGGGCUGAAGUCCAUCCAACUAACUCUUGAUGACCUCAAGACCAAGUUCCCAAAGCACACAAUAACUGCUACAUUGCAGUGUGCAGGGAAUCGGCGCUCUGAAAUGAAUGCUGUGCGUCUGGUAAAGGGACUGAAUUGGGGGAUGGCAGCUAUUGGUAAUGCGACUUGGAGAGGGGUCAAGCUUUCUGAUGUCCUUAAGUAUGCAGGGCUCCCAGAGAACACAAACGCCAAGCACGUCCAAUUUGAGGGACUUGAUAAAGAUCUGAGUGGAACCCCCUAUGGGGCCUCUAUUUCCAUUCGCAAGGCAUUGGCUAAAGAUGGCGACGUGCUACUUGCGUAUGAAAUGAAUGGUGAAGAUCUAUCCAGGGAUCACGGCUUUCCACUGCGUGUCAUUGUGCCUGGAGUGGUUGGAGCACGCAAUGUGAAGUGGUUGAGCAAGAUCAUUGUAAGUAAAGAAGAAAGUCAGAGCCAUUGGCAGGUGAAUGACUAUAAAGGGUUUUCUCCCUCUGUAGACUGGGAUACUGUUGACUUCAGUACUGCUCCAGCAAUCCAAGAACUCCCCAUCCAGUCUGCAAUAACGACGCCUUGCAAUAACGAAUUUAUCUCUGCAGACAAUGAAGAGAUCACAGUGAAAGGCUAUGCAUGGAGUGGAGGUGGCCGAGAAGUGAUUCGAGUAGAUGUCUCACUAGAUGGUGGGAAGACCUGGAAAGUGGCUGACUUAACAGGGGAGAAGCAGGAUGCGGGCCGGAUGUGGGCAUGGAAACUGUGGCAGCUCACUGUGCCUCUGCCAAAGGGCCAGAAGAACUUGGAGAUAAUCUGCAAAGCUGUGGACAACAACUACAAUGUGCAACCUGAUACCGUUGCACCCAUCUGGAAUUUACGUGGUGUUCUCAAUAAUUCCUGGAGCCGGGUGAAAGUUACAAUCAACCCUAGUAGUGGUUAGAAACUGGAUCUGAAUGUCUCAGAUUACAGAAUUUGGCUGUGUACGGUUGCCAUGUGGGGUAGCUCUUGACAUCAUUGCAUUAACUACAUCUCUAGUCAAGUUCUGUUAAUUCUAAGCCAUUCUAUUUGAAUUUGGUUCAGUUUUUAUCUGGGGCAAAAUUCUUAAUCCAAUGAUUUUGCUGAUUUGCAUUCAUUUGAUUAAUUUGAAUUAACUUUUUUCAAAAGAACAAAACCUCUACACUCUUCGUUCAGAGCAGAUUAAUGUUCAGAGAUGCAUCUAGACAUUUUAUAGAAACAGAAACAGAAAUUGCUGGGGGGUUCAAGUCAUGUUAGCUCUGCAUAGAUACUGUCAGACCUGUUGUGUUUUUCCAGCAAUUCUGUUUUUGUUUCUGAUUUCUAGCAUCCACAGUUCUUUGUUUUUUUGUUUAGACGUUUCUAGACAUGGCUUAAAAAGUAACACCCAAAAAUAAUGACCUCUGUUUUGUGUUUGUAUCAAUUCCCUCGUUUUUGUUUGGGUAGAACAUAAUGAAUGCACUGUCAUAAAGUGACCAUGAUAAUGACCCUUGAUGCUUGGAGUACAAAAUUUCAGAAUGUUUAGCUGCAGAAUUUUAAGACAUGCAAGAAGUUUAAAAACAAUGUUGUGACAUAACUGAUUCCAUUUCAAAUGUGCUUCAUUGGCAAUAAAGUACUUUGGGAUGUCCCAAGGUUGUGAUUGGCGCUAAAUAAAUGUGGCGCGAAAUAAAUAUGGCGCUAAAUUGCUUUGCUUAAACUAUUUUCCCAUUUUGUGAUCUUUAUUGCUGCAUUGUCUGUUUCUUAAGUAGCUCGUUGAAAAGAAGAAUGAUUUGAUUUGAUUUGAUUUGAGACUAAAGCAGCCAACUAUUGGAUGCAAUGACUUGCCUAUCUCAAGUGACUGUAAAAGAUCCAGUGCCACUGCCAAAGAAGAGCCUAUAUUUAUUCUUCAACCUACAUUUACUGAAGCGGAUUAUCUGGUCAAUCCCACAUUGUUUGGGAAGUUUUGUUGUGCGCGAAUUGGCUGCUCCAUUUCCUACAUUAUAAUGCUGCACCUGAAAAUACUUCAGCCACAAAGCAUUUUGGUUAUUGAGGUCACAAAAUGCAAGUUUGUUCAUUCAUUCUUUCCUUUCUUGAAAUUUUCUGAAUCAGCAAAUGUAUUAACAUUCAUUUAAGAGUGACCCUGAGAGAGGCUGAAUUCAUUCUCAAGCUGAUUGUUCAUAGUAUCUUACAACAUAUGACAAUGCCAUUCAGCCCUAUUAUGCUGAUGGUAGUUCUUUGAAAGACCUAUUUAGUUAGUACCACUGUCCCCCACUCUCUCCCCAUUGCAAAUGUUCCCUUUUCAAGUAUGUACACAAUUCCCUUUUGGAAAGUUACCAUUGAAUCUCCUCCUGCACCCUUGGAGGCAGUCUGUUCCAGAUUGUAACUUGUCAUGUAUAAAUAAAAAAUGAUUUUCCUCCCCCUCGUCUGGUUAUUUUUCACUAUUAUCUGAAAUCUGUAUCCUUGGGUUACUGACUGUUCAGUUGUGCAGUCAGGUUGAAAGUUUUGUUUGUUGCUACAUCACGUGAAUCAAUCCAGGUGACAUGUAUAGACACCUCUGAGACUGCUCAAAUCCACUGUUGUGCUAAAGUGUCGAUGAAUUGAUAGCUUGCUUGUCAAAUAAAAUAAAUUUGUCAUUUUUCUCUUUGUA